UUGUAUCCAAAGGAGGUUCAACGUUUUGUUUAAGCUAGUUUUGUCUUGGGGGGAGUGAAAGUCUGUUGUGUUGGCCAGUGCUGUUAGGACUUUUGUCCUAUGUUUCUAACGGCUGUAUUUAAAUCAAGUCAUGGAUGAAGAUGAGCGGCAGAGGAAAUUAGAAGCUGGGAGAGCCAAGCUUGCUAGCUUCAGACAGAAGCGGGCGAAAAGCGACAGUGCGGGGGCGGCGAAAAAGACGCAGAAGAGGAAGGGUCAGACUGUCUCAAAGAAUGACAGCUCGACGCAAGACUGUCACAUAGAACCAGCUCCUCUAUCAGCCAAUACCACAGAGCUAAAGAGCAAGACCAACCAUGAGGAGGCCCCAAAGCCAGAAAAAUCAGAGGUUCAGCAGAAUGAGCAGCAGAAGGAUCAGUCUCCUACCCUGGAGCAAAGCCUGUCUCCUGUGGAAGACUUGGAUUUGAGAGAAGAGGAAUUAGCUGCACUUACUGGCAAAGAGCAGCUGAAGCAAUUACAGCAAGCUGUUGAAAAACGUAAUGAAAUAAUUGCGAAGCUCAGCUCCAACUUGCAAGAGGCCCUGGCGAGUAGAGACCAGGUACAGCUGGAGGCACAGUCACUUGCUGGUCAGAUUCAGGCACUGCAGAAACAGCUCCAACAGACCAGUGUAGAGUUUCUACGUAUCAAAGAUCAAUCAGCAGCCGAAGUCCUUAACUUAAGACAGCAUCACCAUGGCUGUUCCUCACAAGAUAAAAACAUCAAUCAUGAAGAGGCACCAUCACAUGGAUCAGGACAUGCAAGUCCCUGCUCGCAACCAGAUCCUGAAGGCAUCAGCACUGACAGCAACACAGAAAUAGACUCUGUUCUGCACAAGCUAAGGUUGGAGCUAGAAGAAGAAAGGAAGAAGAGUCAGCAUCUAUAUGCUGAACUAGCGGGAGAGAUAAAGAAAAACGAACAUGUGCUUUAUUUACUAGAAAAAGAGAAACAAGGAAGGGAAGAUGAGCGAAAUGAAAGGGAUACACAGCUGCAAAACCUCCAAACCCAGUUUAACCAAGUCCAGACUCAGUGCCUUGCAAUGGAGCAGUACAAAGAGGAGAAAGAGAAGCUAAACAGAGAAGUGUUGGAGCUCAGGAAAAGACUCCAGGUGGAAGAAGAUGCAGAAAGUGAUGAGGUUGCCAGCUCUGUGCUCCAUCUUCAGAGUCUUAAGGAGGAAAGGCAAAGACAGGAGGAAGAGAUGAAGAGGCUUAAAGAGGAGCACAGAGAUGAGGUUGAGCGUGUCAGGCAAUUGUUAGAUGAGAGGGAGCAGGAGCUUAAGAGAAGGCAAGAAGAGGUAGAAGGACUUAAAGCUUCUAAGAACCGUCAAAACCAAGCAAAAGCUGGCUUUAGCGCUGAUGGAAUGAGUAUAGAUGAAGCAAAUCUAGAAAGUGGACCUGAUCAGGACAUAAUGAACUCAUCACUGUCUGGAGAUAUUCUGAUGGAACGUUACUUGUCCUCAGCCCCACCUGCAAACUCCCAAUCUUCAGUGGUAAAUGAAAGCAUUGAUCACUGCACUCAGCUGGACAUAUCAGUAGACUGCAGUUUUGAGCUGAACAGUGAAGUGUUUGGAGACCAGCCUCUACUGUCAAUUUCAAACCGUCCUUCUGAAGAAAAUGACGACAUCCAGAACAUGACCAGCUCACAGUACUUUGCACCAGAAACUGCGGAGUCCAGUUCUCACUCUCUUUCUCAGUGGCUUCAAAACUCUGAUGAAAUGGGAUUGAGCAGAAUGUCAGACCAACAGUUUAAGGAAACAGACUUGGAGAAGGAGCUGCUAAAUCAACAGUGUGCGGAGCUCCGUGAUGAGUUGGCUCUUAAGGAGCGAGAAUUGGGUGUGUUACAAGAAGAAGUUAUCAAAAGUGCAGAAGAGCUGGAUGAAGCAAGAGACAGGUGGGCCCAAGUAACAGAAGACCUCAGGCAAGCUCUCUGGGAACUUGAGGAAGAGAAAGACAAGAGGAAACUUAUUGAGGAGGAGAUAAAGUUGAAAAGCCACGAGCGAGUCGACUUUAAAAACAAAGUUGGUGCCUUAUGGGAAGAAAGGGUAAAAGAAAAUGCCAAAGAGACUGAAAGCAACACAGACUCCUCCCUCCUCAUAUCUUUUACUUUUCCAUCGCAAGACGAAGAUGGAUUGGCAGAUCUGAAGAAGGACAAAGAAAGAGAUUCUUCCAAAGAAAGCCCAAAACCAAGAGAUGACAUCCUAACAUUACAGGGUCACUGCUCAAAGCUCAUAUCGGAGCUUGAGGAGACAAAAAUCCAACACAAAACAACAAUAACCCAGUUAAGUCAAAAGACAGCUGAGUUUGAGACUGUUCUUGAAGAGCUCGAAACAACAAGUGUACAGUUCCUACAUGUAAAAACAGAAGUGGAAAGGCUGCAGCAAGAACUUGUGAAAAAAUGUGACAGUCUGGACAGUGCUGAAAGAGAGAAAAAUGAACUGGAAUCCCAAAUCUCCUGUCUAAAACAAACCCUGUCCUGUUUGGAAGAUGCCCAGACUCAGUCUGUGAAGCAGAGGGAGGAGGACAAAAGAAAAGAACAACAGAUGGAUGAACAGAUAAAAAAGAUGGAACAAGUCCUAGAGGAGGAACUUGAACAGUUUGAACACAUACUGAAAGCCAAGGAUGCUGAGUUGGCCGAAGAGAGAGAAAAAUGGGAAGAGGAGAAACAAGAGAAGGAAAAGCUCCUUAAUAUGAAUCGUCUAUUGGAGGAACAGAUGAGGGAGAAGAAAGAGGAGGUGAAGGCUCUCCUUAAUAAGCAGAAUCUGGUUGUUAAGGAGGCUACAGAAAAACUCGAAGCUUCUCAUCAGCAGGUGAUAACAGACCUAAAAGAGAAACAUAGUCAAGAGAUUUCUGAGUUGAAUUCUCACCUGGAGACGCAGCUGCUAAAUUUACAGGUCCGUAUGGAGGAUGAACAGAAGCGACAGAUCGGCAUGAUCAAACAGGUAACUGAACGUGAGCAUGCGAGAAUGAUAUCAGAGCUGACUGCCAAACACAAUGAGGAGCUUGAUCAGCUGAGAACGGAGGUGUCCUUGGAGCUGAGGGAGAGCAUGGAAAUAGCUCACCAGGCUGAGAUGCAUCAGGCACAAGCCCAGAAGACCUUGGAGCUUGAAGCUUUGCGUCUGAGCUUAACAACAGUUCACACAUCUCUGCUGGAAUACUCUCAUGUAAACCUGCAGCAGGAGCAAGAAUCUGCUCUCAGCCAGACCUCUAGGAAGGAGACAUUUAUCCAGGACAGUGCACUUCUGCAAGCCCCCCACCAGUCUGAUCUGGACCAGAUCAAACAGCAGAGUCAGGAGCAGCAGGAGAGACUGCGUGAGCUGCACCAACAACAGAUGGAUGAUUUGAAGCAGCAGUGGGAGACUUGUAUUGCUCAGGAAAGAGCUUCAGUGGAUGAAAAACAGACUAAAGAGAUUCAAGCUUUAAGAAUGCAGUUGGAAAUGGAGGCUGAGGCAAACUUACAAAGGUCUCUCUCAGAGGUUCAGGACUCUCUCACUGCCACCCAGACAGAGCUCACCAGCACCCAGGCCUCCCUCACAGAGACCAGCACAGCUCUAACUGAAGCCAAAGCGGCUCUAUCCCAAACACAGUCAGAGCUGCAGGAGACGCAGGCAAGACUGGAAGAACUCCAAACUUCCAGUGAGGAACAGACUCAGAAACUAGAGGAGGAGCUGAAAAAAGCCCUGGCCGACAGAGAUGCUGCUGUCUAUUCUUUGGAGGAGCUGGCUUGUAGUCACAAGACGGUGCUACAUGAAAAAGAGCAGCGAGUACUCCACCUUGAGGAGAAAGAACAGCAACUGCAACAAGAGGUUUUGCGUCUGGAGGAAGAGAAGGCUUUGCUCAAACAGAGCUCAGAACAGGAAGUAGGUCAGCUGUGGACCCAGCUGGAGAGCAUGAGGACUAGUCGCCAAGAGCUUGGAGGUGAGAUUAAUACACAAGACUGUGACAUCUGUUUGACUGGGGAGCUGAAGGAGCAGCUGCUGGCUCGCUCGUCUCGUGUUGAUGACAUUGAACGCCUAAAGACAGAUUUUAAUGAACAAAAACAAGAGAUGAAAGAGCAGAAUGAGGCUGAGCUGGAAAACCUGAGGAAGUAUUUUGAGAAGCGCCUGCAUGCAACAGAGGAGAGCUACAAAGAAGAGAUUGCUCUGCUCCAACUGAAGUUAGUAGAAGGAGCUUUGGAAGAAUCUUUACUUAAAACUACAGAUGACAGUUCUUUGUCUCAGGUUCAAGCUGAGCAGGAAAAAGAUGUUUCUAGCAGUGUCGAACUGGAGAAACAGAAGGAAAUUAUGGACACUUUAAGGCUUCAGCUAGAGGAGAAACAUGUAAUGGACCUUUCCGAUCUGCAGUCGUCUUUGACUCUUUCUUUUAAAGAAGAGUUGCGGCAGGUGCGUUCAGAGCUCACUGACCGUUACUAUGAAGAGCUGCAGGAGAUGAAGACUCGUCAUGCCCUGGAAUUAGAGAACCUCAGAGCCAAACUUUCUGACAGUCAUCUUCUAGAGCUUACCAGAGUACGUUUGGAGGCAGCAAGGCAGGUUGAGGUUGAGGUAGAACACAGGAUGUGGUGUCUCUCUGAGGAACUGGACACCAGGAUGACAAUCAUCCACUCCCUGGAAAACAGACAGGCUUCCCUGAGUGAACAGCAUGAGGCAGAGAUGCAGUUGAACACACAAAAGAUUGCCCUUCUUGAGGAAACUCUAAAACAAGAACAGGAGGAGUUGCAGGAGAAUGUAAAGAAGCUGAGAGAAGAGCUUCAACAGAAGCAUGAAAGUGAGAUUUCUGUGCUGAGGUCCAACUUUGAGAAAGAGAGGACACACCUUGAAAAAGCACUUCAAGAUGAAAAAGAGAAGUUAAAGUCCUUGCAGGUUGCUCUGGAUAACAAUGAAAGCCCACAGGUCCUGAUGGUGAGGCAGAGAUUAGCGGCUCAGUAUGACAGUGAACUGCAAAAGGCAAAGGACUGCAUGUCUGCUGAAAUCAAGGAGCUUACUGUUUUAUUACAGGAGCAAGGUGAUGAGAGACUACACCAAGCCCAACAGAGGUUCCAAAAAGAGAAGGCCUCCUUGGAGCAGCAGUUGGUCCAAAAAUAUGACAUUUCUGUGGCAGAGUUAACGAACAAGCAUGAAGCUGAAAUGCAACAUGAGAGAACAACACUACUGAAUAAGCACAACCAAGAGAUGGACACACUCACUGCUGAACACAAAGCACAACUUUAUUCACUCAGUGCCAGUCACAGAGAUCAGCUUGCAGCUAUGGCCGCUGAGAUUGAAACUAAGCACAAGGCUGAGUUUGUUGCCUUGGAAGCCGCCAUCAACUCUAAAUGUAAGAAAGACCUUCAGAGUCUGGAAGCAGUUGUUCAGGAGACAAGUCGGGCACAGUUGGAAGCUUUAGAAGCAGAAUUGAAUCGCAAACACCAGGAAGAGAAGGAUGAAUUGGAAAAGAGGAUGCUGGGUAAUAUGGACACUUUGGAGGCCACUUACUUGAAGGAAGUGCAAGCUCUGCGUGAUGAAAUAGUUCAACUUGAGGAGAGGCACCGGCAAGACCUGAUUUGCCAGAAUUCAGAACACAAACAACUAAUGGAGCGGCAUACAGCCGAGCAGCUGUCAAUCAGGGAGGAACUGAGGAAGGAGCUGGCUAAGGUACACAUGGAGAAGUUUAGAUCCAUGGCAGCUGAACUAAGCCACGUUCACAAGACUGAAUUGGCUGCUCAGAAAGAGGCCCUAGAUGCUGAACACUGCAAAGCCUUGGAAACACUUAAGAAGCAGGUUUUGGAGCUCGAGCAGCAACACAGCUAUGCUCUGCAGGAACUCUCACACACCUACACAUCUGAAAAAGAGCAGCUUAUCGAGCAACAGCAACUCCAGCUUCAGGAACUGAAGGGAACCUCUGCACGGGAAUUGGAGGCUUGUCGCAGGGAGCUUGAAGAAGAGUCUUCAAGGCAACGGCAACACUUCCUAGAAGAGGUGGAGCUCCUUAAAGUUCAAUCAGAAGAACGACUACAAGACAGGAUAAAUCACUUAAAGACGGAAUUUGAAGAGCAAAAGGAGGCGGAGCUUGAACAGCUCAGGCGGAGCUUCACAUCAGAACAACAGGAAAAGGAACAGAGCUACACAGACAAGAUGAGCCAGCUCACUGCCCAGCUGCAGCAACUAGAUGCUGUGGUGGCUCAGCUGCGAGCAGAGGUUGGUUGUCUGCAAGGAGAGCUACAAGGAAAGCGUGUAGAGAUGGAGACCAUGGACACCCUCCUUCAACGAAGGGAGCGAGAAAGUCAGGAGGGGGGAAACCUUCUGAAGAUGCUCACUGACGACUUGCAGACUGCUAAAGAGGAAAAAUGCAAACUUCACCAUUCAAAUGAAAAGUUGGGUAAGGUGCUGAUUGAGAUGCUGCGCAGUAUCAUAGCAACAGAGGAACUGAUUGGACAAAAGAUAAGAACGAAAACAUCUGAAAAGGCUGUUCUAUCGGGGACCUCACCAGGGAACAAAGAUCACCAAGAAUCAGGUAUCUCAGUUGCUGAUUUUUCAACCGAUGACUCUGAGCUGACCCAGCUGCUCUGUGAGAGUCUGCUGGUUUCAGAUACUCAGAUCAACCCUGGAGGAGAAGAGUCGGCUCUAAAUGCCUGUAGCAGGCUGCGUCACGCAGUAGACACCCUGCUGGAUCUGCUCAACCAGGCAAAUACACAGCUGGAACAGACUCGCAAUGUCCAUCUUUCUCUGGAGGAAAAGUUCUCCCAAGGCAUAGAAGACUCAGCCCACCUUCUUGAGCAGCACAAACUCCUAUUAGAGCAGCUUGAUCAGGAGGCCAAGCAGAGAAGUCACCUUCAGCUGGAGCUUCACAAAGCAGAGGGGCUUUUGGAGGGAUACAUUGCUGAAAAGGCUACACUAGAAGAGUCUCUGCAGCAGAAGGAGACUCAAGAGGAAAGGCUAGUCGAGGAGUUGGAGGACCUGAAAGUGAAACUGCACAAGAUGGAGGGUCUCACUGCAGAGCUGGACAGCCUCAGAGCGAAGCAUCAGGAGCUCAGUGAGGAGCAUGCAAUUCUCCUGCGCCAGAAGGAGCAUCUCUCCAGUGGGCUUGGGGAGAGGGAGAAAGCUUUGUUAGCAGAGACGGAGCGUUUGACCCAAGAUAGGCUGGACUUGCAGCGGCAGGCAGAGAAAGACCACAAAUCUCUGUCACUGCGCCUCAGGACCUUGGAGAGGGAGCUUGAAGAGCAGGAGACUAAGGACCUGGAGACAGAGCUGCAUCACAAGACCCACACUGAGGACCUCAACCAGCAUGUCCAAGCACUGGAGAAGCAGCUGAAACACAACAGGCAGUUUAUAGAGGAGCAGGCUGUGGAGCGUGAACAUGAGAGAGAUGAGUUCCAGCAGGAAAUCCGCAGGCUUGAGGCUAAACUACGACAGACACCUACUGUGGAUAAUAAAGGACAAAGGUUUGAGGACUUAAACCUACAGUUAGACAGUCUACAAGCCAUUAUCAAAGACAAAACGGAGGACCACGCCUCUUUACUUGCAGCCCAUCAGCAAGCUCAGCGCGAUCUUGCCGAGCGCAAUGAAGAGAUAGACAAGCUAGCCGGGCGAAUCAGAGAGUUGGAACAAGCACUGCUAAACAGUGCUGAUCGUGUUAGAACUGUCAGUCAAAUGGAGCAAGAACUACACAGAAUGAAACUGAGAGAACAGGAGCUCACACAGGAUAAGCUCGCUUUGGAGCAGCAGCAGAUUUCCAGCAUGCUUCAAAUCUCAGCUCUGCAGUCAAAACUGGAUGAAACAAGGCACUGUUACCAUGACAACACGCGUGACCCCACCCAAGAGCUUAGAGACGCUUUGGAUGCUGCUCAACAGAAUCUACGUAGCAAAGAGCAAGAGGGAGAAGUCUUGCUUGGCCAGUUAGAAACUGUGCAAAGAGACUUGAGUCUCAAAGAAGUUGAACUAAAACACCUCACUCUUCAGCUGGAGCUGCUGUCCAAUAAGAACACAGCACAUGUUCAUGAGCUCCAAGAACAGAUCUCAGUCCUCACGGAGAAGGUGUCUGUCCUCACCGUACUAACGGAGGAAAAAGAAGAACACAGUCAUAUGAAAGAAAGUGAGGAAGAAAGCCUUCCCUCAGCACUUCUUCAGGAGAAAAACCAGGAGAUAGACCACCUCAACUGUGAGAUCCAAAGAAUGGAACAUGAGCUGGAGAAUGCCAGACACAAUAAGGCCCUGGAGGUGGAGCUUGAGGAUCUACGUUCUCAGGUUGAACAUCUUCAGUCUGAAAUUACAAGAGUGCGGCACGACAAACAGGAAGAAGAGGAGCGCCUUCACGAGGUCAUCAGCACUCUUCAAGCAGAGCUGGCCACCUUGGGCCCCAACUUGCAUGAAGUCAGUGACUCACAGGACGGCGACAGCAUCAAUCCCUCACCUGCUCCCAGCCCUGAACCUCAACAGUAUACUGUUCAAGAACAAGAGCGGAGGGGAGGACCAAACAGCCUGAAGCACGAGCUCAGCUUGAGUCAUUCUGCAGCCUCACGUUCCCUUCGAUCUCGUCUCAAGACCCUUCAAAAUCAGCUUGAGACUGCUGUGGCAGAGAAAGAAGGAAUGGAGCGAAUACUGGUCACCCAAGAGGAAGAGUACAGAGCACAAGGGGCAGAAUUUGGAAAGAGGCUUAAAGAUGAGAGGGGAAAGUCGGAUGAAUACCAAAGUCUCCUCAGGCUGAUGGAAGCUGAGCUGAAAGAUGUCAAAACCCAAGUAGAGCAGGAAAAGGAGAAGAGGAAACUUUCAGAGGCAGAGAAGGACAGUUUGAUUAUUCAAGCUGAAGAGGCAAGCACCCUGCAUGAAGAGAAAGCCCACCUCAACUCUGUGGUGUUCAAAUUGCAAAAGGAUGAAAAGGAGAGAGAGAAAGAGAUUGAGACUCUCAAAGCAAAGGAGCGGGAGAUGAAAAUGGAGAUGGAGAUCCUCAGAGAAACUAGUCUCACUCUUGAGAGACAAGUUCAGGAGAUAAGAGCAGAGAUGGUCGACAUGGAAGAACUGGUUGCAGAGGAAAGGGCAAAAAUCGAAACGCUUCAAACUGUGAAAGGGGAGCUUUCUGCUGAACGUGAGGCACUGAGGCGGAGAGAGGGUCAGCUCCAGCAGGAAAUUGAAAGACUAAGACAAGAAGUGACUUCAUUGAAAGCCCUUAUUCAGGAUCUGACAGAUAAGCUGAAUGAACAAGAAACCAAUCAAGAAGAGGCUCAAAAGGAAGUUCUGACCCAUGCAGAUGUGACCCUUGCUAAGGCUGAUGCUGCCUUGAGACAAAGGGAGGUUGAGUUUACCAGGCUGAAGGCAGAACAUCAGGUGCUGAUAGCAGAGCUAGCUGCAGUAAAACAAGGACUGAGUACUAGCACAGAAAGGGCUGAAAAACUUCAUGAGGAAGCACAGACAAAAGAUCGUGUCCUUGUUGACCUGGAGACUGACAACCAGCGACUGAAGGCAGAACUCCAGUGCCUUCAGGAGGACCUGGCUCUACAGGAAGAGGAACUAGCCCAUCAGCAAAAAGGACUGGAGCAGCUCCGACAACAGUGUCACCAACAGGACACACUUAUUCAUCACCAGGAAUACCCACAGAAGGAUAUUUCUCUCACAACCUUUGAGGAUGUUUUGACAGUCUCUCAUGAAGAAGCCUCUAUCAGCUCUCCAGAGGUUUUAAGAAGACUUGAAUGCUCCGAGGAUGGAAUCCGAGAACAUUUUCACACCUCGGUUCUCGAUUCACGACUGUCCGAGCUCAGCAAGUUGAACAUCACAGGCCCAGAUCCCCCGCAGGUCAAAACCUCUCCCAGGGUUGUAAUGGAGCCUCCACGCUCCAGAACCAUCACCCCAGAUCCUGUCACACACAGUACCCACACACCAGGCUCUCUAUCAGUCUCUGACAACUUCUCCGUCCUCGAUUCACUGGACACUGACAAAGUGCAUGAGUUGGAAGGACUUGACCUAACAGCACCUCCAUCUCCACUUGGCUCCACCUCUUCCAUAUCAGCUCAAGAAUGGGCCAGUGAUGGUUAUGGAAGUAAUGUGAGUUCAGAACUGGGUGCCAGGCUGAGAGUGGAGCUUGAACAGACUGAAAGGCUGGAUGCUCAAUUUGUUGAAUAUCUCCGCUGCAGAGGAAUGAACCCCACAGUUAACACAGACAGUGCUGCAGGCAGUAUGAGCUACAGUGAUGAUUUGCUGUCACCUGAACUUCAAGGUCUGUUGAAAAAGGUCUAUCAAGAAAGCUGCAGAAUUCUCACUUUGAGUCAGCGUCGUGCUGCUCCUUCAAUCCAACAAAAUGUUUCAGACCUACAAGCCUUUUCACUGAGUCAGAGGCAGCAUUACUCUGAACAUGGCUCUGCUCCACUGGACCACAGGGAUAAUUCAACUUUGUCAAAUCCUCCCAUGAGCUGGCAACAGGAGAAGAGAGCACUGCAAGAGACUGUGAUUGCUCUUAGAGAACUCCUCUGUCGAAUGGCACAGAGACGCACAGAAACUGAUUACACUGAUGAUAACUGGCACAGAGUUCAGCUCCAGGCUGGACAGGUUGAAUCUCAACUAAGGGGAGAGCUAGAGGAGAGCAGAAAACAGCUGAAAUGUGCCCAAGAUACUUUGCAAGAUCAAAAGAGCAAAAUACUGUCACUCAGACUGACUGUAGAAGAGAGUGAGGAAGCUCUGAGGAGGGAACAGAUCAGAGUCCAGGAGCUACAACAAGAACUGGAGCAGGAGAGCGCUCUUAGUCUCCGUAAAGGCAAACUGGAGGAGGAAAUGAAAGAAGCUAUGCAAACAUCCUUUGAAAAGUAUAGGUCUGAGGUCCUGUCCCUAAAGGGUCAGGUGGAGCAGGAGAAGGUGACCUGUAGCAAUCUGAAACGUGAGCUUCAGAUCGAACAGUCCCGUAGUUUGCUACUAGAGAAGCGCCUAGAAGAGACACAGAAGAUGCUAGAAGAUGAGCGCCAACGCUCUGUCCAUCAACAAGAGCUCAACUUGCAGGAAAAAAAUCACGUUGAGCGCCUCCUGAACGAAGCAGAGUCUCGCCUGGCUGAAACUCACUCUAAGCUUGCAGAUUCUCACAGGAAGCUUGAUGAAGAGGGAGACCGUUGGUCCAGGCAGGUGGAUGAGCUCAGCCGCAGACAUGAGACUGAUGCAGCCAGAGACAGGAAGUUCAUCUCAGAUUUGCGUUCCCAGCUGGAGCAGGAGCGAAGGCAGGGAGAGGAGCUGGCAGCUUUGACCGACAAACUAAGGGGUGAGUUACUUCAGAGCAGGAGGAAAUGGGAAGAAGAGGAUAGAACGAGGUGGGAGGAGCUUCAGAGGGAGCAGGAGGCCGUCACCAGGCAAAGAGUUAUGAUGAAGACUUUGAAGGAGCAAGAACAGGAAAUCAACUGUGCUUUAAAUGCAGAGCGAGAGCGGUCCAGACGCCAAGGGAUGGAACUGGCAGAACUGAAAGAAAAACUACGACAACUGAAGGACAGAGAGAGGGACAGAGAGGAGCAGUGGGAGAGGGAGAGGAAAAGGGGAAGGCAGGAGCAGAUGGAAAAAGAAAGACGACAGGAGAGGACCAAUAACAAACUGCUGGAGUUGGAGUCGCUGAGAAAGCAGGACCAGCAGUGCAUGCAGGACCUGCAGCGCACUCUGGCAGAGCUAGAGAGAGAUAAGGAAGAGAUGGCUGCUCAGAGGCUGCUUGGACAAACCUCAGGACAGCAACACAAAGCUGCACUUGCACAGAAUUCCCACAUUAACUCCCACUCUGAUGGGGCCCAGAUGCCAUCUACAUCGUUAUCCAACCAAUUGGAGACUUUGCUGAAAGAGAACACGACGUUAACAGAGCGUGUGGCAUCACUGAGUCAGGAGAGAGCCACCUACAAACAUAAACUCACCUGCCUGGAGAGACAGCUGCGGUGCACAGAGAACAAGCUCGCCAAGGUCACCACAGAAACAGAAAACAGACCCGUCAAUAAUGUGACCAACAACAGCAGGCUACAAGUUUAUUAUGAACGCUAUCUGCGCGCUGAGAGCUUCAGGAAAGCUCUGGUGUUCCAAAAGCGUUACCUGCUGCUGCUGUUAGGAGGAUUCCGGGAGUGUGAACAUGCCACUUUGUGUCUAAUUGCUCAGAUGGGAGCAAGACCCUCACCCCCUCUCUCAUCCCAGCUCAGACCUCUUGGUCGAUUUAGGGUUGUGGUUCAAGUAGUUGUGGCAGUCUCAAGAAUGAGGUUCCUUACCAGGAAGUGGCAGAGCGCUAUCAGAAAAAUAUCAUCUGCUUAUGGACAUACUCAAGAAGGUCUGAAAACUGAAGUUUUAAGACUCCAGAAAUCAAGGUCAAAUUCUGACACUACUCGUAAGAGAGAAAGCAAUGCCGUCCAGAGAGACACUGUGUCCUCUCUCGUUCCACCCAGCAAAUCACCUUUCAGGUUGCACAACAGAUCAUAUUCCAGUACCACUUUGGCCUCAGUGCAUUCAGGUGGAACGUCUCAAGAUCCUGAACGAUCUCUGACUGAAUAUAUCCAUCAUCUAGAGAAAGUCCAGCAGCGGUUGGUGGGAACCAGGCCAGGUUCGUCUGCCUUCCAGCCCGACCAAAAAUAGUCCGACCACUGAGACUGGAUUUGGGAUGUCUGCACAUUGAUCCAGAACUGUAAAUGCCUUAUUCCCAUGAAGGAAAAAGCCAGAAAUUACAACACUUGUUGAAUUUUAAAUUCUGUUUUUUAUUUUUGUUUUGAUAAUUCUAUAAAUGAUUUUUUUUGUUUUAUAAUAUAAUUUGUGUUAAGUAUUUUGAAAAGCCACACUUGAAAUGCUGCAAGAACAAAUGCUUAUCGUAAUUUUAAAUAGUGCUCUUUUUCUUUCCACACAUUAUGUUUUGAAUGUAAAUAAGACUUAAGUUCAUUUUAGAUAUCUAGGUGUGUACUGGUUUUAUACUGGAAGCUCAGUAUAACUAGUGAGUGCAUUGUUUCAUAAAAAUGACUUGUACGUGGUUUUUGUAUCAUCUGUUUUUAUCAUAAAGUUAUUAAAAAUUUUACACGUGA